CAACACGCAACCCGUUGCUGAUGCCUUAAAGGAUCUUCACAUUUAUUCAAAUGACAACCAAUUUCAAUCUCAAUAAAUAAUCUCUAACAGAUUAAGACCAUUCUUUGAAAGUUAAUAACGUAAGGUAUGAUUAAUAAAAAAUAACUUAGAAACUGUUUUUAUAAUCAUUAUUUGAAGCAGUAGAAAAAGAGAGCGAUUAGGAAGGCAAUUUGUAAAGGAAAUUUAAAAUCCUAUUACUGUUGCACAUCAUCCUAAGCUCCUAAGUUGGACGUUCAGAAUUAUCAAAAAUCUUGAUUUCAAAACAAUUGAACAUAAAAACCCCAAAUUAAAUUUCCUCCAAAUUAGGUUUAGUCUGCCAAUAAUAUUAUCAUUAUCUCUAUAAAUUGGCAUCACAAACCAUAUUUAUUCAUGAAGAAGUCGUUGAUGGAGAUCUGCUAUUGUACUUUACUCUAUCCAAUCAAUGCUAUAUUGGAAUGAGUAUGCAAAAGAUUAUUGAAAAUGUUGACUCAUUCCAAUCUAAUCUCUUAUUGGCAAACAUUGUCAAGUUCAUCUAUUAUGAUCUAAAGAUAUCUUUAUAUUCAUCUUGAA